AUGUUUCGAAUAUUCUUUCUGGCGCAAUUUUUCGUCUUUAUUACAGCGCAAUUCUACUCGAGCGGCUAUGGGAGUUGUUCUCAAUAUUUAAGCCAACCAUGCUCAUGUCCAUCUUAUUGCAGAUCAUAUAUUCAAAUGUAUCAAGGCUACUAUGGUCAAGGACAAUCCUGUAAUACCGGGGGUUAUGGGAUGAGUUCAUCGUAUGGAAAUGGUCAGAGUGGUUACGGUGGCGGUUAUGGUAGCUACAAUGGCCAGGGUGGAGCCUAUGGGCCUUCAGCCAACUAUUUUGCUGGUUACAAUGGAAAAUGGACGAACAGUUGGGGUGACUCGGAUCCACAAGGAGGCUCCUAUCAAGGACCACAUAAAGAAGCUAUAGGUCACUAUAUGAGUCAUCGGAAAAAAUUCCACUUUGAUUUUGACUCAUUGGAAGAUAGCGAUGAUCGGAUCACACUCCCCGCCUCAACAAAAGAGAAAGACGUCUGGUCGGAUGAUGCUUUUGCAUCAAUGAACUCAAAAUCAUCAGCAAAGACGGAUUUCGACGAAGAACUUCCCGAGUUUAGCUCAUCUGAAGUGAGGCUUAGACCCGAGGCUAGAAUGUCGGAAGGGAUUCCAUCUCUUUCCCCAUCUCGAAGUUCAGCGGGAGUUCCAUUUCCAAGUGGCACUAGUGGUACGGGUCUUGGCGGGAUCGGUAUCGGCGGUGGGGUGAACGCUGCUGGAGUCGGAGUGAACACCGGAUUAGGCAUUAACGCGCCGGGACUCGGCUCACCCGGUGGUGGAUCGCUCGUUGGUGUCAGCUCUGGGCUAAAUAUCGGAAUCCCAGGCAUUGGACCAAUCGGGAUCGGAUCGGGCAUCGGAAUCGGAAAGAAA